AUGUCCUCCAGGAAUUUGGUGAUAGGAAUGGUCUUCUUAUCCCAGACUGUAGCUGGAGUCUUCGGAAACUUGUCUGUCCUCUAUCAUUAUCUUUUUCUUUAUUGCAGUGGGGGCAGGUUAAGGUCAACAGAUUUGAUUAUCAACCACCUGCUUGUAGCCAAUUCCUUAGUCUUAUUCUCCAAUGGGGUCCCCUGGACAAUGGUAGCUUUUGGGUGGGAACAAUUCCUCAGUGAUUAUGGAUGCAAACUGCUUUACUACAUUUACAGAGUGGGCAGGGGUGUGUGCAUUGGCAGCACCUGCCUCUUGAGUAUCUUCCAGGUCAUCAUCAUCAGUCCCAGGAACUCCAUGUGGGCAGAGCUUAAAGUGAAAGCUCCCAGGAACAUCAGCCUCUCCAUAUCCUUGUGCUGGCAUCUCAUCAUGCUGGUAAAUAUAAUUAUUCCUAUAGAUUUGACCAGACAUUGGAGAAAUGAUACUAUCAAAAUGGGAAAAGAUUUAGGGUUCUGUUCUGCUAAAGUUGCUGACAAAAUCACAUAUCCACUCUAUGCAGCAUUGUUAUCGUUCCCUGAUGCUCUGUGUUUGGGGCUCAUGCUCUGGGCCAGCGGCUCCAUGGUUUCCAUCCUGUACAGGCACAAGCAGCGGGUCCAACACAUCCACAGGACCAGCCUCUCCCCCAGGUCCUCCCCUGAUGCCAGAGCUACCCAAACCAUACUUUUACUGCUGAGCACCCUUGUAUCCUUUUACACUCUCUCCUGCAUCUUUCAGGUUUGUAUCAAUGUUUAUGAUCAUCCCAAUAUCUAUGUGGUGAACAUGGCUGCAUUAUUCUCUGUGUGUUUCCCAACCGUCAGCCCCUUUCUACUCAUGGGCUGGGUCUCCAUUGUCUUCAAACUCUGCUUCACCAGGUUCCACAAUGGUGAUGUGUCCUUCUGGGGGCAUCUAACGGGAGGCACAUGGUAUCAGUUUGUCUCAUCCGGGCUGUUGUUAACUUCACUCACCUAUAGUGCUCUCUGCCAGAUUUCGCCACUGGAAACUUCGUAUGUGUCUCCUCGUGAUUAUUAA